AUGUCUCUUAAUCAGUCAGUGUGGGAUGGCCAGAUUAAUGUUAGGGUUGUCUAUGGAGACCUGGAAUUCCUACUAUACAUCCACCGGAACUCGUACUUUCCGUUGCAUUACCCGGAAAUAGCCAAUUUCUUUGAUUCCGUGGUUAACCACGACCUCCACUUAUGCCCCAUAUGGCUUGAACACGAAGACGUGCCCAUCAAAUGGAACCUACCGGCGGGUGUGUUGUAUGACUUGCUUUACCUUCCGGCUAACUCGGAUAAGAGACACCAAUGGACGCUACGAUUGGGCAUUGACACGCCUGAGCUGCCGUAUCCAUCUAGGGAUAUCAUCCCAUUCUCUAUAUCUGAUGGGUCUAUAGACUACUUCUCCAUGCUAUCGCAGGUUAUUGUCAACCAGCUUAAACAGUCCACUUUUGUGAUGAACGGUAAUGCCAAGGCUAUGAUGAGUUUGAGCGAGCAGGACUCGAAAUCCUUGUGGAAGUCCAUCUCACAGCAUGACUAUAAUGGGCCACCUGGUUCAGAGAGUCCCUGUGAAAGUCUAUGUGGCGGGUACUCCGGUUAUGAUUCAGGCUCCAAUAUCGCCUUCAACGGAAGAGAGAGCAACGACUUUGAACGACUUGUUGCAGAAAUGGGUACCAUCCAUCUUCAACAGUAA